AUGUCUACUGAAAAAGUGUCUUUUUUGCUCAACUGGCAGGCUACGCCUUACCAUAUUCCUAUCUACCUUGCUCAAUUGAAGGGCUACUUCAAGGAGGAAAACGUAGAUGUCUCUGUGUUGGAGCCCUCCAACCCUUCUGACGUUACCGAGUUGAUUGGGUCUGGUAAGGUCGACAUGGGUCUCAAGGCUAUGGUCCAUACUUUGGCUGCAAAAGCUCGUGGUUUCCCUGUGACUUCGGUGGGCUCCUUGUUGGACGAGCCCUUCACUGGAAUCUUGUAUUUGGAGGGUUCAGGCAUCACCGACGACUUCACCUCGUUGAAGGGUAAGAGAAUCGGCUAUGUGGGAGAGUUCGGCAAGAUCCAAGUCGACGAGUUGACCAAGCACUACGGAAUGACUCCAGACGACUACACCGCCGUCAGAUGCGGCAUGAACGUGGCUAAGUACAUCAUUGAGGGCAAGAUCGAUGCUGGCAUUGGUAUUGAGUGUAUUCAGCAAGUGGAGUUAGAGGAGUACUUGAAGGAGUCCGGCAAGGAUCCUAAGGAGGCCAAGAUGCUCAGAAUUGACCAGUUGGCUGAAUUGGGCUGCUGCUGUUUCUGCACCAUUCUCUACAUCUGCAACGACACCUUCUUGAAGGAGAACCCUGAGAAAGUGAGAAGAAUCUUGAAGGCGCUCAAGAAGUCCACCGACUACAUGCUUGCUAACCCCAAGGAGGCAUGGGAGCUCUACUGUGACUUCAAGCCACAAAUGACCUCCAAGGUCAAUGGCAAGAUGUUCGAGAGAUGCUUUGCCUACUUCUCGGACUCCUUGUACAACGUCCACAGAGACUGGAGAAAGGUGAAUGCCUAUGGCAAGAGAUUGGAGAUCUUGCCUGCGGACUACAAGCCCAACUACUCGAACGAGUACCUCUCGUGGCCUGAGCCCAAGGAGGUUGCUGACCCCUUGGAGGCCCAGAAGUUGAUUGGUAAGAUCCAGGAGGAGUGCAAGGCUUGUGGCGGGUACAGAAGAUUGGACUCUGCUGCCGUUGGUGCGUCCGCCUAA